GCAUUAAUACACAGCUCGCGAUGGUUCAGACAACGAUAGCAGGCUCAGUGGCUGUGCUAGAACUCCUUUUUUUUGGAUUUUUAUGUUUGCCACUACCAAUGAGUUGGAAGCAUGGUAUUCUAAGUUGGCUAGCAAAUUUACCCAGUAACAGCAUUCCCGUAAGAAUUUAUCAAUCCAUGCUCGUAAUUAUUAUUGGAUUCUUCACAGAUUCCUGUUACCAAUUGUAUAGGGCCGUAAAAAAAAGAGCCCUUAAUACUAGAGAAAAACUAGUGGAACCAGACAAUACCUCCUUAAUACGUCUUUUUCACGCCGAAAAAAACUUUUAUUUAAUUUUUUUUACCCUCUUUAUGCUUCUGGUCUUGAUUCAGUUUAGGCAUAUGUCUAGUGAGGUAAUAAAGGCAGAGGCUUUGGCGAAACAGGCUAAUAAUGCUUAUGAAGGAUACAAAACUUUGUUAAACACUAACAGUAACGCAGAAACUUCCUUGAAAAAGGCUAUCGAAGAUAAACGGAAAGCUGAGGCAAACUUGGAGGCCAUGAGAAGGCAAAGUGCAAAUCUUCAGGAGGAGUAUGAAAGACUCCAAAAAGAAAUUCAAAGCGAUCAGAAUCGCCGAGCCGAUAAAAAAAAUGACUAAAAGUGCAAAAACCUUCUUUUAUAAUAAAUGCGG